AACAGCCCCAAAGCCAGGGUAAAGGAGUGGGAGAAACGCAUGGGGUGUUUCCGGGACCCCAGCAACCUCGAGUUCAACGUGAGAGACAGCAGCCGCUUAAACGACACCACAGCGGAGAUCAUGCAGUACCACGCAGAGAACACACGCCCAGAUACUCGGACAAUCGUCUUCGCGGCUUGGAUGCGGGCUUUGGACCUUAUGGAGCUGCGGCUCCAGCAAGAGCCCGAAUACGCGAAUGGCACCCGCAGGAUUUUCCGCAUCGACGGCAAGAACGUGCCCAAUCAACCAGACCGGUACGAUAUCUUGAGUCAGUUUGAGAGGAGCCCAAAAGGCUCCGUGCUGUUGGCGUCGACAGGAUGCCUCCAAGAGGGGGUUAAUAUUACCUGUGCAUCGCACGAAGUCAUUCUUGCGUUGAGUUGGUCGCCGCACAACGAGAUCCAGGCCACUGCGAGAGCGUACCGCAUCGGACAGAAGCACGACGUGCUCUUGGUCACCAUGACAAGUGACUGCUGGAUCGAGGCCCACGUUCGGGGUAUGCGGGAGCGGAAGAACAUGUAUGAGGCACGCGUGAGGGAUGGGUACCCCCACGGGAACCUCCACCACCCAUCGACAGGGCCACUCUGGACGCAGCCGUUGCCGACGUAAUCAACAUUGAGCAGAUCCAGCUUGUGCGGGCAAAGAAUCUCCCCAUGUCCUAUUUGCCGAAUUCCCGAUUCAACACGAGGAAGAAGGGUGGUCUGUUGGCUGGCGAAUUCGGUGGCUUGGUCAAAGACGACGAGGAGGCCGAGUUGAGAGAGGAUGAUGAGUUUGCGUGAGGCACUUGAUACGGUUACAGGAGAAACCAGUUACGCGCAGGGACAGGC